GAAUCGGUCAUAAUUUUCCGUUUAACCCUUCCCUAAGGGCAUAUGAGAUAGGUCGGCCAUGGACGAUUCUUCAUCAACUCAGUACCAACCCCCCAUUUAUCAUCCAAACGCUUUUUAGUUCUAACCGCUUCGUUUGAUAAAACGUUUCACACCUGCCCUUCCUUUUCAUCAUUCUCGAUCUGCGUUGGGUGAUUGAUCUGUUGUAGUGUUUGUUCUUAUAACAUUGGUUGGAAAAAGAGAAAAGAAGCGGCUGUUUGAUUUUUAUGAAGCUAAAGGUCCAUUUGAUUUUGACAAUAGAAAUUGUGUUUUGGGUGUUUGUCUGGACUGAGUGUAUAUUUCUUGAAAAAUAAAUUUUAAUUAUAUAUAUAUAUAUAUAUAAGAAAGACGUGCUGAGCUGUUACCAUGUAUUUCCUAAGUCUCUCUGUAUACCACUACUCCUCGUUCUGUUCCCGUAUUGCAAGCUGUAAUUGAAGGAGAGCUUUUUUGGAUUCAUCUAGCUGGUCAUAGCUCGCGUUCUGUAUGCGCAUCUGACUUUUUUGAGUUUCUGUUUCUCUUGGGAGCAAUAGAUCUCUCUGGUGUAACUUGUGUCCUUAUCAUGUCACCAUGAUUUAGAGACGCCUUGCUUUGUUGCUUCUUCUUCAUCCUCAACUCGUCUUUUUUCCCCUUCCAUUUUUAUCUAUUUCUUCUGACAGUGAUAUCAAAGUUAUAGCCUCUUCAGCCUCUAGAGAAAGGAGGGAGAGAAAAAAAAAAGCGAAGUUUUUGGGCCAUCUAUAAUAUUUGAUUGCUUGUUUUGUUGUUUUUUCGCUAGUUUUCUUUUGUUUGUGAGCGUGGUUUAUUUUUAUAGAUCAGACUCAAUAGACUAAAUUUAACGACAAUGGCACCCUCGUUCGAUUGGUGGGCUAAGGAUGGCCAUAGAGGCACACCCGUGGUGGUCAAAAUGGAGAACCCCAACUGGUCAAUGUUCGAGCUUCAGGGUCCAUCCGAAGAAGAUUUCCUCAUCGGUGACUCACCGUCUCGUCCCCAUGACAAGUCCCGUAACAAGAACGCCAAGCAGCUCACUUGGGUUCUUCUCCUCAAAGCCCACAAGACCGCCGGUUGUUUAACCUCCAUUGCCUCGGCAAUUGUCUCCCUUGGCUCCGUCAUCAAGCGCCGUCUCCGCUCUGGCCGCACUGAUACGGAUAUCGAAGUUGAUGGGGACGCCGGCAGGGAAAAUGAGAACCCAACAGUCAAAAUCCGGUUCUACUCAUGCAUCAAGGUGUUUCUAUGGCUCUCAGUUUUACUCUUGGGGUUCGAGAUGGCUGCCUAUUUUAAGGGCUGGCAUUUUGGUGCUCCGCAUCUCCAAUUGCAGUACCUGUUAGCGACACCAUUUGGGUUUAAGGACAUUUUUGAUUCUUUGUAUUCUCGAUGGGUUUUGAUUCGCGUGGAGUAUCUCACUCCUCCCUUGCAAUUCCUUGCCAAUGUGUGUAUUGUGCUCUUCCUUAUCCAGAGUUUGGACAGGCUUCUUCUCUGUUUGGGCUGCUUCUGGAUCCGAUUCAAGAAGAUAAAACCCAUUCCCAAACAGGACGCAAUUGCCGAUCUUGAAUCCGGCGAAAAUGGCUUCUUUCCUAUGGUUCUUGUCCAGAUCCCCAUGUGCAACGAGAAAGAGGUUUAUCAACAAUCGAUUGCUGCUGUGUGCAAUUUGGACUGGCCAAAAUCCAAGAUUCUAAUUCAAGUUCUAGACGAUUCUGACGACCCAACCUCGCAAUUGUUGAUUAACGAAGAGGUGAACAAAUGGCAGCAAGAGGGUGCCAACAUUGUGUAUAGGCAUCGAGUAGUCAGAGAAGGGUAUAAAGCUGGUAAUCUCAAGUCUGCAAUGAAUUGCAGCUAUGUCAAAGACUAUGAAUUUGUUGCUAUUUUCGAUGCUGAUUUCCAGCCUGCACCCGAUUUUCUGAAAAGAACAGUACCUCACUUUAAGGAAAACGAAGAGUUAGGGCUCGUUCAAGCAAGAUGGUCAUUUGUGAACAGAGAGGAGAACUUGUUAACAAGGUUGCAGAAUAUUAACUUAGCAUUUCACUUUGAAGUAGAGCAGCAGGUGAAUGGUGUUUUCAUUAACUUCUUUGGGUUCAAUGGAACGGCUGGUGUGUGGAGGAUAAAAGCUCUGGAGGAUGCUGGUGGGUGGCUAGAGAGAACUACUGUUGAGGAUAUGGAUAUUGCUGUCCGUGCUCAUCUUCAUGGCUGGAAAUUCAUUUUCCUAAAUGAUGUUGAGUGCCUGUGUGAGUUACCGGAAUCAUAUGAGGCGUAUAGGAAGCAACAGCACAGAUGGCAUUCUGGACCCAUGCAGUUGUUUAGGCUCUGUUUGCCAGAUAUCAUACGAUCAAAGAUUAGCAUAUGGAAGAAGUUCAAUAUGAUCUUUCUCUUCUUUCUGCUCAGAAAGCUGAUCCUACCCUUCUAUUCUUUCACCCUAUUCUGCAUAAUUUUGCCCAUGACAAUGUUCAUACCAGAGGCUGAGCUACCAGCAUGGAUUGUCUGUUAUAUUCCAGCCACCAUGUCAUUUCUCAAUAUCCUCCCAGCACCAAAAUCCUUCCCCUUCAUUGUUCCUUACCUUCUAUUUGAGAACACUAUGUCAGUUACCAAGUUCAAUGCCAUGAUCUCUGGUCUAUUCCAGCUAGGAAGCGCCUACGAAUGGGUUGUUACUAAGAAGUCUGGUCGCUCUUCUGAGGGUGAUCUUGUCUCCUUGGCUGAAAAAGAGCCAAAUCAUCAAAGAGUGGCUUCAGUGCCAAAUCUUGUAGAGAUGAAAGAAGAACUUACGCAGGAGCAAAAGGCUCGAAAAAAGAAGCAUAAUAGGAUAUAUACAAAGGAGCUGGCACUGGCUUUUCUUCUUUUAACAGCUUCAGCAAGGAGUCUCCUGUCUGCUCAGGGGAUCCAUUUCUACUUCUUGCUGUUUCAAGGAAUAUCAUUCCUGCUGGUUGGUUUUGAUUUGAUAGGGGAGCAGGUUCAGUGAAGGAUAUAUAUGGUGGAUUGUAGGGGUUAUAUAACUGAUAUAGAUAAAGGCAACAUCGAUGCACACGAAAUAUGAAUAUUGCUGAACAGGAACUUAUAUGGGGAGAUCAUCAGUGGGCUGAGAGUGCAUCCUUUUCUUGAUUGGCCUCCAUCCUUUAGAACCCCAAUACACGAUUCUGCCCAAAUGUGAGAAGAAAUUGAGUUUCAAGUGGACAAAAGAAUGACUGCAGUUGGGUUCCAGUGAAAGAAUACAUAAUAUCAAUGCUCUUGAUUAUAUGUAAGGUGGUUUUCUUUUUCUUUUUUGUUUUUUCAUUCUUUUGUUUUUGCUUCAAUUCUUUUUGUAAGAGAAAAAAAAUUGUUGUUAAAAGCAUCAAUCACGAAUUUUAGUCACAGUUUUAUAA